UGCACCAUCUUCAUCUUUCACAUCUUCCUUGAUCCUUCUCUUUCUCCCAAAAUCAAACCCAUGGACAUCCAAGCAGACCAAAUUAAGGACCAAAUCACCCCUACAAACCUCGAAAAUUUACAGCAGCAAUUGGAGGAUGCACAAAAUAGGAACAUCGAAUUCGCCUUGGUUAUUGAGGAGCUCUCAAUUGAGAGGGAUUGCCUUAAGAGACAGAUUUUCGCGGUUGAGGGGAAGGUUAGAGAACGGGAAGAAGAGUUGUUAAGGAGGAUUGAUGAUGGAGUGAGAGAGAAAGAGUUUUUAGAGGUAGAAAUUUAUGAGGGUGUGAGAGAAAGGGAGGAAUUAGUGAAGAAAAUUGAUGUGGGGGUUGUGGGGUUGAUCAAAGAAUGUUUGAUGAGGGUUAAUGAGGUGUUUGAUGAGUUGGAAUAUAUGUCGAAUUUCGAGGAAAACUUGAAGGGAUUGUUGAAUUUUGAGGAGAAAUUGAAAUUUGUGUUAGAAAUGGCAAAAAGAGCUGAAGACAAAAUGAAUGUUCAUUUAGAGAAUGUGAAGAAAGAGAAGAGGGAACUCGAACGCAGUGUGAUGAGUCUAACUGAAGAAAAUCGAGAUGUUAAUGCGUUGCUUCGCAUUGCAUUGGUUGAGAAGGAAGCAGUAGAGAAGAGUCUUAGUAAGUUGAGAGGUAACUAUGAACAAAGAAGAGUACCCUUGUUGCAGUUUGCUGAAAGGGGGUUGCAGAGAGUUGGAUUUGGUUUUAUGAUAGGAGGAUCUUCUAAUGAUCAAUAUGAAGAUCAAAAGAAACAUGCUGAUCAAACUUCAGAUCAUAUGACCUCGAAUUCCAGCGUUUUGUCUGAUGUUAGCAGUGAAUGUGAAGAAGAAGCAGCUGUUAGUUUGGCCUCAACUGUAGAGAAAAUGAUGAAGAACCUACGCCUCGAGAUCAUUCAACUAAAAGGAGAUUUGGAAGAUUCCAGGUCAGACACUGAGCGGUUGCUGAGUCUGACUGAGAAACAAGCUCAGCAAAUCUCUGAACAAACAGUUUAUGUCAAAGAGUUGGAAGAUCGCGAGAAAAUUCUGACACAAAAUGUUGAGGAACUAGUCGAUGAAAUAAAAGCAACCGAAGAGGAGGUUGAGAGAUGGAAAGAAGCCUGUGAAUUAGAAGUAGAAGCUGGUAAACAUGUUGCUCAGGAGCAUAACAAACUGGUUUCUAUUUUGAAACAAGAGUUGGAGAAGACAAGAACUGCUUUGCAAGUUUCAAACAAGAAGCUGCAGUUGAAGGAAGAAGUAGCUGCAGCUGCAAUGGCAGCACAGUCAGCUGCAGAGAGGUCUCUUCAGCUGGCUGACAGUAGGGCUGUAGGACUUCGGGAGAGGAUUGAAGAACUGACCAGGCAAGUGGAAGAAAUUGAUAACAGUCAGAAAAAAAACAGACGUAGGAUGAGGCGGAUAUGCUGGCCCUGGCAAGCUCUUAAUCCUGCAAAUGCUGCUAGUAGUCGAGUACAGGAUUUAGAUAUUAGACACAUGCUACCAGAAAUGCAAGCCUUUAUUAAUUGAGAAAGGCUAAACAUCUAAUUCUUUCUAGAUGUGAGAUAUAGAAUAUGGAGGGUUCAAUGUCUAGUGCAUCUACAGAAAUGCCCCAAAGACGCGUGCUAUGUUACUUCACUGUUGGUUAUUCAGCAUCCUUGCAUCCAUGCUCAAUGCAAGUACGCAACCCAAAUCUCGGUAACACAAGAUAAAUCAUAAGAGAACAAGUUCUCCCUCUUCUAUUAUGUUCUUGCAUCUGUACU